CGGCUAGUUGAAUAGUUACUACUGUGACGGAAUCUUAUACGUCUAAUAACAAUGCUGUUGUACACAUUUAUCUGCAUAUACAUCUUUACGUUUAUCGAAGCAGACACUGCUAUCAUUCCAGAAUCAAAUGAUAAAGAAAUAAAUUAUCGGUUACCUGGUCACACAAAACCGCUGUUUUACGACAUUAAAUUAAAUCCGCACCUCGAGCCAGACAACUUUAUGUUUGAUGGCGAAGUACUUGUCUCCAUAAAGAUUUUGAGCAGCACAAGAACUCUUAUGCUGCAUACAAAGGAAUUGAUAAUAGACGAAAAUGCAACUUUCUUAAAGACCGCAGAUGAAUUCAAUUUUUACAUUCCUACUACGCACCAUCAUAACAAUCUAACAGAAAUGUUGAGCCUUAAGUUCGACGAGAAUCUACUUACCGGAUAUUAUAUAUUAUAUCUAAAAUUUACUGGUAUACUAAAUGAUAGAUCAUGUGGAUUCUACAGAAGUUCUUAUACCAAUGAUGCAAAAAAUACGGUAUGGUUUGCUGCGACAAAUUUCAUGGCAACUUACGCGCGCGCAGCUUUUCCCUGCUGGGACGAGCCGGCGCUAAAAGCCGUUUUUAAAAUUGCCAUCAAACAUCAUACUAAUUACAUGGUUCUUUCGAAUAUGCCAAUCUGUAAAAAGUCAAAAAUCGACGAGAAUGAUGGAAAAAUAUGGACGCACUUUGAAGAAUCGCCUGUCAUAUCAACAUACCUAGUCAGUUUCCUAGUCUCCGAUUUUCGUAAUAUAAGAAAUUCCGAUGGAACCAUCAACGUCUGGGGAAGAAAUAAUAUAAUUUCCUUAGCGAGUUUUGCCCACGAAGUUGCUCAAAAAGCGGCGAUCGAAUUGGAAAGAUACACCAAUCAUAGUUCCGUUCGGGUGGCCAAAAUCGAUCAUGUUGCGCUUCCUGGUCUUUCUGAUAAGGCAAUAGAAAGUUGGGGACUUAUCACCUACAAGGAAACUACGAUACUGUACGAUGAAGAUAGUAGUCCAAUUGAUAAAUUAUGUACAAUUGCGACCAAUAUCAUUCAUCAGACGACCUAUCAAUGGUUCGGUAAUACUGUUAGUCCGACCUGGUGGACGCAUAUAUGGAUAAACAAAGGAUUGACUGAAUAUUUCACGUAUCAUAUUAUUGACAAGAUAUAUAAAGAUUGGCAACUUGUAGAAUUGUCAAUAUCAAAAACGUUGUUUUGCAAACUUAUAAUCAACAGUAUGGAAUAUGUACAACCUCUUAAUUUAGAGCCUAAUACACCUGAAGAAAUUAAUUCAAAAUCAUCUGUAUUAGGUAAAGCCUUUCCGCUUCUACGGAUGCUCUCACAUUGCCUAUCCGAUAAUGUAUUCCAUACGGGAGUUGUUAAAUAUUUUGAAAAGCACAAAUAUGGUGUAGCCAAUGUUGAAGAUUUAUGGAGUGCUCUGCAAGAUGCAUUUGAUGAAUCAGCGAUGCCUGAAAAUAAAUUCAAAAUUCAAGAAGUAAUGGACACUUGGAUAAGACAGAAAGGAUAUCCAUUUGUAACAGUGAUUAGAGAUCAGUCCAAAAAAAUAAAAAUUACACAGGAAUAUUUUCGACCAGAUGAAAAAGAGAGGGCAUGUAAUAACACAGCUACUAUAAACCAGAAAUGGUGGAUUCCAAUCAAUUUUGCGUCUCGUACAAAUCCGGAUUUCUCGACAACUUUAGCCACGCAUUGGUUAUCACCAGAAGUUGAGGAGCUUAUAAUCGAAGAUAUCAAUCCGCAAGACUGGAUCAUUGUUAACAUUCAACAAACUGGUUUCUACCGCGUAAAUUAUGACCCAACAAACUGGUUAAGAAUCGCUAACUAUUUGGAUUCCGAGAAUUAUACGAAAAUACAUGUAUUAAAUCGCGCACAAAUAAUCAGCGAUGCAAGUUAUCUCAUGUUGUCGCAUAAACUAGAUCCCAGAAUUUUUAUGGACAUAACAAAAUAUUUGCGACGUGAAACUAAUUACAUAGUAUGGUUUCAAGUGUUUAAAAGGUUGAGUAAGAUUACUAAAUUUUUCCUCUUCAAUGAAGGAGAAGAAUUGUUUAAACCAUAUGUUUUAGAUUUGAUGAAUAAUAUUAUAGAAACUGUAGGUAUACAGGAUCAUCCAAAUGAUGAUUAUUUCACAAAAGUAAUAAGAGAUGCAAUUCUUAAAGACACAUGCUUUAACGAUCAUCCUUUGUGCUUACGUGAAGCCCAUGCUCAGUUAAUCAAUUACUUGGAAAAUCCAACGCUCGCAAAUACUGCUUUAUUUCAGAAGAAAGAGUGGAUAUUUUGUAAUGGAAUAAAGCAGGCAAAUGAAACUAUUUGGAACAAAUUGUUGUUUUAUUACAUUAACACAAAUAAGUCUGAAUUUACAUUAUACUAUCUUGGAUGCUCCAAGAAUUUGACUAUUAUCAAGAAAUUUUUAAACAUGACCAUAUCGGAAGAUUCGCCAAUUGCGAAGAAAGAUAUUCUUUAUGUUAUCUAUUCCACAAUAUUUGGAUAUUUCCCAAAUAUAACGCUAGACUUUAUUAUAAAUAAUUGGAAUAAACUUGCAACUAUUUAUCGUUAUGCACGUAACACGUCACGUGAUUUGGCGGAUUUAUUUUCUCAUAUUGCUCAUGCUAUUUAUACUAAGAAACAAAUUGAAAAGAUAAAAGCAUUCCUGGGCAAACUUGAAGUGGAAGUUCCAGAAACCAUAAUGCAACGAGAACGGAAUAUAGAGAUGAUGGAGACAAUAAUAAAAAAAAUUUGCUUGUGGUUAGAACAGAGAAAUUUAAACUUAUCUACAAAUAGUACAUCGCAAGAUAUUCGUUAAUUGAACAAUAAUGUGACAAAUGUCAUAAUUAAUGUCAUAAAUGUCAUAAUUAUAAACAAUAAUAUGACAUUUAUAUAUAACAUAUAAUAUAACAUUACGCUAGAAUCAACUUUAUAUAUUAUAAAAUAAUUAGAUAAUAAUUAAUUAGGUAAUAAUUAAAAUGGUCAAUAAUUGAAAACAUAUGCGUUACUAUAUAUCAUAUAUAUGUAUAAUUAUAAUCUAUUAUGAAAUUUUUAUGUGUAGUAAUAAAAAAUUG